GGACGUAAAGAGAGGAUUUAAAGGAGUGGAAGUAGCUGAAUCACAGAUUAACCCCCCCACCACCACCACCACCACCACCACCCUGUAGCACAGGCUAGUCUGGGAUUUAUUCAAUUAACGUGAGACUGAUUCUAGGCGUGUCAUCAAGUGAUCUCAUCAUCAUCAUCACCACCAUGAGGAAGGUGGCCGGCAGACACUUGUUGUGCUUCCUCCUGCUGGUGUUCCCGCUGUCCUGGGCAGAGGACACGAAGAAAAAUGUGAAGAAGGCUGAGAAUAACACAGUUUGGAGCCAAGCGAGGACAAGACGACUGUUUGCGAGAAGAAAGAUUUCUCCACCUCAGGAUAAUCACCCUCCUAAAAACAGAUCUAAUCUCAUGACCCCUGCACGUCGCUGCGGCCGCCUGAUGGAGAGCUGCUCCGCCCAUGUCCUGUGCUGUGAUCCCUGUGCUUCCUGCCGCUGUCGACUCUUCAACACCAUCUGUCACUGUUGGAGGGUGAACCCCCUGUGCUUAAAGAAGACGUAGAUGAAGCACAAACACGCACAGAAACAGACACAGCCCUGCACCUGCAGUAUACAGUGACAGAUAUAUAUACACAAAAAAUGCACAUACACUGCCUUCUAAC